AUGGCGAACAUCGAAGGAAACCAUAUUGAUGUCGACACGCAUCCGUACACUGGGAUGCCGGAAAGCUUCUACGGCAAGGCCUCGGAGGUUCUCAAUGCGGACGUUGGUUUUGGAGAGAGUGGUCACGCGAACUCGCUGAUUGUCGACAUACCAAUGACUACGCACCUCACCUCAACAAAGCACUCUCAAUAUAUGCAACCCUCGUCGUUGGCUCAAUUCAUACACCCUGCCACGUAUAGGGAUGCAACUCCAGAAGACACACGUCCUAUUGGCGCCAUCUUCGUGGUUGUCCUCGCUGGUAUCAUCGGUCUUGCAGUCCCAAUCACCCUCUUGACACUGUACCUGAAACGCGCCAGACAGGAAACGAAGCAGAUGGAGGAAGAAGACGCGGUCUUAGAGGAUGUGCUAUAUCGCAGUAAACUCAACGAUAGAGCGUGGGAUGUGGGGUUGAAGCGACUGCACAGGGCCUCCAUUAGGAAGUGGUCCAACGAAGAAGCCAGUGUACAGUUCGUGGGUGUGCUUGGGCGGCCGAACUUGGAUAUGAAGACUCCGUGGUUGCAAGGCUGUGCGGAGCGCGAGAUGCUGGAGAAGCUAUUUGAGCGGGAAAAUAGGGUGCGUAGAGGUAACAGGGAGAAACCAUUGCCAGCGUGCCCGGAGUGA